AUGCAAACACUGGAAAGUUUUCCCACGAAUGGGGGGGAUUAUGGUCGAGACCUUUUCAACUACAAGCGAUGGGACGCAUAUAGCGACAAUUCCGGAAAUUUUCUAGACGUUGCCUGCCUUCUUGAACAGCGACUCGCUUCUUCGUCUGACCUGGUGGAAGACCUAGCACAGCAAGAUAAACGCACUGAACUGCACAAUGAGUUUUCAUCGCCGCCGUUGACAAGAACUCGCCGUGGUCUCGUCCAGUCAUCUCAAGUUGGCUAUUUGACACGAAAACGAAAGACCAGAUCGCUUGACUUCCCCCAACUCAAAACCCGAUCAACAACCAAGAGAGCUCGGUUGCUCUCCGAACCUGCAGAGCCCGAUUCAUCUGUUAAGAAGUGGCUAUCAGAUCUACCGGCCAACGAGGACUUCGACCACCUCGACCACCUCGACCACCUCGACCAACUCGACCACCUCGACCACCUCGACCACCUCGAUCACCUCGACCACCUCGAUCACCUCGACCACCUCGACCACCUCGACCACCUCGACCACCUCGACAAUCUCGACAACAUGAGCUUACGACCCUCGAAGAGAACGCGGUUGUCCGAUUCUUCGAGUCAACUGCCGUCACAAUCAGAGCACGGUAGAGGGAAGAAUGUUUCAAGUGACAAGAAAAACUCUGCGUAUCGGGAUGUGAACUAUAAUGUUGUAAUGGAGACCAAAGGCAGUUUCAUGCGCCCAUCCGAGGCCGGGCUCGUUGAUGAAGAUAAGAAACUCUGCAAAGAUCUUUUUUCUACAAGUCAGCCAAAACCUGAGAAUUCACCGUUCAAUAAUGAGCGAUUCGAGAGAUUCCACUCACUCUUACGAGGCCGAUCCGAGACUCGAAUCUUCCUCUCUCUACAUCCUCUUGUUGUACCGUCGGUCGAAGAACUCUGCUACGAUGGACGAAAUGAAUUCGACGGCCUCAUUGAAGGUCACAAUGACGUCUGGGUCAAAUCGAUUCCAUUCUAUGGACCGCGUCCGCAGUCAGACCACACAUACGGAUUUAAAUGGUCAAACUUUACAGAGCAGCAGCGAAGGAAACUCAAUAUCCAACCCACCGAAACGUCGUACUACACAGCACGCGAAGAUAUAUAUUUUCCCUUCCUGACCAGCGAAGUCAAAUGUGGCAGCCAAGGACUCGACAUGGCUGAUCGAGCUAAUGCUCACAGCAUGACCGUUGCACUCCGAGGUAUUGUGGAACUUUAUCGAAAAGCGAAUCGUUCAUCCGAAGUUCACAGGAGGGCUCUUGGUUUUUCCAUCUCCCACGACAACAGAUACGCACGUAUCUCUGUCCAUUAUCCCGAAAUCGAUGGUGAGCGCACGCAUUACUUCAGCAAGUUAAUCAGUGAGAUCAAUUUUGCAAAUGAAAAUGGAAAAGAAAAAUGGACUUGUUACCAGUUUACACUCAACGUUUGUCAACAUUUUGCCCCAGACCUUCUCGAGCGGCUUAAGACUGUGAUUGAUCAGCUGCCAGACCCGGUUACACCGAUACUUGAGCCAGCUGGUUUCGGUUACGGUAGUGUACUGAGCUCACGGGAUGGUACCAGCACGCCCACAUCACAAGAUGGAAACUUCAGACCGCCCCCCAAACCAAGCAAGCUAAAUGUAGAGUUGCGAAUAGCGAUGCAAAAUCAACAACGGCAGCUGGAACAACAGAAAGAGGAAUUCGACCAACUGAAGAGACAAGCGAUGGACAAAGAGUCGGCACUAUUGACUCAGCUAGAGGAGCAGCGGAAAGACUUUAAGCAGCAGCGGAAAGACUUUAAGCAGCAGCGGAAAGACUCUGAGCAGAAGCAAGAAGAGUUCAUUCAAUAUCUGAAACACCAAUCAGAGCAACAGAGGGAACAAAUGAAGGACAGAGAGUCAGCACUAUUAACUCAGCUAGAGCAGCAGCGGAAAGACUUUGAGCAGCAGCAGAAAAACUUUGAGCAGCAGCAGAAAAACUUUGAGCAGCAGUGGAAAGACUCUGAGCAGCAGCGGAAACAGCUCUUUGAAUUGCUGCAAGGCAAACUAACCUGA